UGGAAAAUAAUUAGCCAAGUCUAUGAAAGAAAUAAGAGAAUUUUGAAGAUGUUUUAAAAGGUUUUUAAGAGAAAAAAUGCUUUUAAAUGGCAAAGAAAUCCCCGAAGGUUAUAGUGCCUAUGGACAUCAGGUUGCUGGCCAUCGUUUUGAGACUGGACAUCAAGGCAUGCUGCUCGAUUCUGAUGGGAAAUUACUCAAACCAAUCCAGGCACCUCCGAGAGGCAAGCAAGAGGUGGUUUUCUAUCAGACUGUCUUUGAACAUAAACACCAUCCAACAUUAACAAAACUUCAACAAUUUCUUCCAAGAUAUUAUGGCAUUAAACAUCUAGUUCCCCAAGACAUGCCAUUGGAAGGCCGAGCAGAUAAAUAUAUUGUUUUGGAGAACCUAACAAGACAUUUUAACAAGCCCUGUAUACUUGAUGUCAAAAUUGGUAAAUGUAUUACAGACCAUUUGGCAACGCAGGCUAAACGAGAGCGGGCCAUAUGCAAAUAUCCUGAACAAGAGAUGUUUGGUUUCCGAAUUCUUGGCAUGAAAAUUUUCAAUAAAAUUUGCAAGCAUUACAAGAUCUAUGACAAGUCAUUUGGAAAGAAUUUGAAGACACACACUGAUGUGUUAUCAGGUCUUAAAGAAUUCCUUCAGGCAGAUGAAUAUGGAACAGCUCAUCUUGAGGAAAUCCUAGAGCAUCUAAAAACUAUUAAAUUUUGGGCCUUUGAGCAAAGAAUACUUCGAUUAUAUUCAAGCUCAGUUCUAAUUAUUUAUGAAGGUGAUGAAGGGUGCAUCGGUGAAAGCAUUGAAGAUUCUCCUGACAACUCCUUGAAAGACAAUAAAAUGCUAAAUUCAUACAGUUCAAAGAACCAAAGUCUGAAAAACGACAUUGGUGAAGAAACACAUGAUUUGAUGCAGAAUUGGCCAUUGAAAGUGAAUGGUUCAGACGAAAGUCGAGACAUGCAGAGUUCUUGUAAUAAGACUGGCAUUAAGCUUAAAAAACCAAACGUCAGCAUACAUUUGGUAGACUUUGCUCACACUUACAUAGGGAAACACAAAGACCCAGAUGAAAAUUACAUUUAUGGCUUGUGUAACCUUAUUAACUAUUUCGAAGAAGUUAUUAGAACUAGGUAGUGUUUAAUCAUUAUCUCAUUGAAAUGUUUAGAUAGUUUCAUUAAA